ACUCAAUAUUAUACAACGAAUAUAUCUUAAAUAUUACAUAUAUUUAUAUAUUAUACAUAUAUAAUGACACAGAACGAGCUUGACACUUCAGCACACCCACCUGUAGUUGCUGAAGAUGAAGAUGAAUAUGCCCUUAGUGGCCCUAUGCUUAUUGAAAAACUUGAAGGCAAUGGGAUAACAUCUGGAGAUAUUAAAAAGUUAAAAAGUGAAGGUUAUCAUACGAUUGAAUCCAUUGCAUACACACCAAAGAGAGCACUUUUAACCAUUAAGGGUAUUUCCGAUGCUAAGGCUGAUAGAAUCUCGAUGGAGGCAGCCAAAAUGGUCCCUAUGGGAUUUACUACCGCGUCUGAAUUUCACACUAGAAGAGCAGAAUUGAUUUGUGUUACGACUGGUUCAAAGCAAUUAGAUACACUUUUAGGAGGAGGGAUAGAAACUGGAUCUAUUACAGAAGUAUUUGGAGAAUUUAGAACCGGUAAAUCGCAACUUUGUCACACACUAGCAGUUACAUGUCAACUCCCAAUUGAUAUGGGAGGUGGUGAAGGUAAAUGUCUUUAUAUUGAUACUGAGGGGACAUUCCGUCCAAUUAGACUUGUUUCUAUUGCUCAAAGAUAUGGAUUAAAUCCUGAUGAUUGUUUGGACAACGUUGCAUAUGCUAGAGCUUAUAAUGCAGAACAUCAAUUACAACUUUUACAUCAAGCAGCAGCCAUGAUGUCUGAAUCUAGAUUUUCAUUACUUAUUGUUGAUUCAAUCAUGUCAUUAUAUCGUACUGAUUAUUCAGGCCGUGGAGAAUUAUCUGCUAGACAAACCCAUGUUGCUAAAUAUAUGAGAACUCUUCAAAGAUUAGCAGAUGAAUUUGGAAUUGCAGUAGUUAUAACCAAUCAAGUUGUCGCACAAGUUGAUGGAAUGUCAAGUAUGUAUAACCCUGAUCCUAAAAAGCCAAUUGGAGGUAAUAUUAUUGCCCAUUCUUCAACUACAAGAUUAUCCUUCAAAAAGGGUAGAGCUGAACAAAGAAUAUGUAAGAUAUAUGAUAGUCCAUGUUUACCAGAAAGUGAAUGUGUGUUUGCUAUUUAUGAAGAUGGUAUUGGUGAUCCAAAGGAAGAUGAGGAAUAAAUAUAUAGAUAAGUGACUAUGAAUUGCGAUUUGUGGUGGGUACUUAUACUUAGAAACAGUUUGGGAAUCUUAUUAAAAAGGAAUGAACUUAAUUCAAUGCACCGGGUUUUGUGCAAUC